AUGUCUAAGCUACUUGUUCUUUGCAUGUUGGCUACAGCUGCCUAUGCUGGUUAUCCAUUCUAUGCAGCCCCAGCUGUCAAGGUUGUCCAUGCUCCUCUGUACAGCUACCAACCUAAACCUGUCGUUGCUGUACCAAAACCUGUCGAAGUUGAGAAACCCGAACCUUAUGACUUCAGUUACGAAACUAAAGACGAAGAUGGUAACACCCAAGCCCGCCAGGAGUCCGGAGACGGAACUGGCGCCGUUAGUGGUAGUUACUCCUACACAGACGCUAACGGACUCUUCCGGCGAGUAAAUUAUGUAGCUGAUGCCGAGGGCUUCAAGUCUUCCAUCGAGACCAACGAACCAGGCACCGCUAACGCCAAUCCUGCUGACGUCGAGGUAACAGCUCAGGAAGCUCCUGCAAUCCAAGUCAAGGCUGCCCCAGUUCACAAAGUCGUCAAAUUGGUCCAUGCUCCCUACUAUCACGCUCCCUUGGCUUACGGUUACGGUCACGCUUAA